AAUAUAAUAUAAUAUUAAUCUCACUAUUACCUUAUUCAACUCGAUUCAAAUUGGUCUGUAUUUCAUCGUAAGAGGCGGUAACUACAAUAAGCUCGAGACGUAUUAAUCUUGUGACUGCAUAGUUACUUGCUAUUACUCUUCCAUCAAUUUGCCACGGCGACUAAGUAAUCGGAGUAAAAAUGCUGGAAAUGUCAAAGGAUGUCAGCGUCAUCGAUUCUCUCCGCAUUUAUGAUACGUGAUGCGGAGAUGCGACCACUGGACGGUGUGAAAUGGCGUGGGUGUGACAAGGAGUCCCGCUGCGAGCUGUGGCGAGUCGCGGCGGCGGAGGCUUGUGGCACGACUCUUCUAGUUCUGCUUUCGUGCAUGCCUGUCUGCGCCACAAACGCUGCGGACGCCGCGCCGUCGUCGCUGCUGCAACGCUCCCUCGCGGCAGGCCUCCUGGUCGCGCUCAUUGUGCAGUGCUUCGAUCACGUUUCCGGAGCUCACUUGAAUCCUACUGUCACGUUGGCAGCAGCUCUGUCUGGAAGAGUUCCUACGCUUCGAGCGAUAAUUAUGUGCGUUUCACAGCUGGUAGGAGGGGUGCUCGGUGCUGGGGUGCUGCACCUGCUGGCGGCGCCAGUCGGGCGGACUUGCGUCACUAAGCCCGCAAGUUUCAUCUCUAUUUAUCAGGCGCUGGCGAUAGAGACUGUGUUGGGUCUGUGCCUGGCGCUCGCCAACCUGGCGUCGUGGGACGCGCGCAACCGACACCUCAUCGACUCGUGGCCUCUGCGGAUCGGAUUCAUCGUCGCCGCACUGUCGUUGACUGCCGGUGACUUAACCGGCGCGAGCAUGAACCCCGUACGCAGCUUCGCCCCAGCGUUGCUCAGUGGAGAAUGGCAAGCUCUUUGGGUGUACGUGGUGGGGCCGCUGUGCGGGUCGUGCGCGAGCGUGGCGCUGUACGUGUGCGUGUGGCGCGCGCCGCCCGACGCGCCCGCUCGCGACGCGUCCCCGCCCCCGCGCCGCCGCGCCCGCCCCUCGUCCGCGCCCGGCCCGCUCGCGACCGCUACGGCGCCGCACAAGGCACACCACUACGUAUGAAAAGUCACGCGAGUCUCGAGUCUACCGAGCCGCCCUUCGGUGCUAACGUUUCUUCUAAAACGCGAGGUCUUUUUUAUAGAUAAACUUGGACGACUAAAGACAUUUCUUAUAAUAAUAUGAACUUUUGACUUGAACAUAAAUAAACUACUAAGAACAUUUGCGAUAUGCGAACCUUCCGUAUAACAAUUAUUACAGGAGCAUGAGAAGCUCGUUACUGACCUGACGGGAAUAUCAUAUAACGCGAAGGAGUUAAUACAUUUAUUAACGGUGGAACAUGUGAUGAGUGGGUGGUACCUACGCAGGCGGGCUUGCACAAAGCCCUACCACCAUUUAAAAAUGUAUUGCAAUGUAUUAAUCAGAAAAUCUACAAAAACAUUAUAUAAUUACUAGCUGACCCGGCAAACGUUGUUCUGCCAUCUAAAUUAUAUCUACUGACUAUUUUGGUUUUUAAAUAAAAAGUAACAAAUUUAUUGCAAGUAUGUGGGGAUGGGAUCUAUGAAAGAAAACGGAAAGGAGCGCUGUAGACGGUAACCGCCGAUUCAUUUUCUCAAUUCAAUGUAUUUCAUUAAUGUAAUGGACAUAUUCAUUGUUUGAUUAAAAGUUAAAUGUAAAGUGAAAAAAGUAAUGUAUUUUUAUCCUAAAGCAGUUAAAUAAUUUCGAAGAGCAAUUGAGUGUACGAUAUUUUUUGUCAGUCCGUCUUUAGCCAACACAAAUAAGCUCGGAGGUUUGCCCACCCGAGAACAUGCCACGUAUAUUUGUCCGUGUGAUAAACAUGGUGUGCCCAAAUCUAAGCCACUAACGGAUCGUUUGGCCUUGCGACUUAUUGAUUGUCAUUAUACAUAUACGCAUAAAGCACCACACUGCGAAUUUUUUCAUGCGUUUAUUUAUUAUUGUGUAAGAAUACCCCAGUAAAACAAUCCUUCACAUUUACUUUUAACAUUUUAUUCUCUUCCAUGCGUAUCUUGUUAUAUAACUUAUUACUAAUUAUAUUUUACAAUUCUAUUACAAUUUUUAUUGGAAUUCCUGCAAUCACCCUGGCAACUAUCGAACAAGUCAAUCUUACCGUGUUUUAUUUAUUUUUUUAUAUCGCGUAGUUUUUUUCGC